CUAGUGGCAGUCUGAAGCGAAGCUUGGCCGACGAGAGAUGACGCUGAUCCUACUGGCCGCCCUCUCCACCAUCUACACCGGGAUGUUCAACUACGUGAAGGCGAAGUUCCCGUUCGUGAUCGAGGCCGCCAUGGUGACCCUGUGCUUCGGCUCCAUUGUGGGCCGAUUCUGCAUACUGGCCUAGGCGAACACUCAUAACUCAGAAGACUGGGGACUGCGUGAAUCGAAGGAGCUAUAUAUUUAUAUGGAUGUGUGUCUGUCUUGUGGCUUUAUGUAAAUACAAACUAGUGGCUUAAACCUAAA